UCCUGCAAUAUAAGUCCGAUUUAGUGGUUUCAGUGUAUGUUUGAUUCUUGACGGAGCAAUUUGACCCUCUUUAUUUUGAAUUCACUUCCAAUAUUUCACAAAUGUCUCAGUCAUGUUUGGUAUUUUUGGUAAAUAUCGGAAUCGAACCGAAUUUACCGAUACCGAAUUGCUUCGGUACCGAGUUUUUUUAGGAACCGAUCGGUACCAAUAUAUUCAAGAACCGAAUUUGCAUGCGUACCGAGGAACCGAACCGAUCGGUUCGGUAAUACCGAACGCCCAGGUGACUCCGCUCUCCCGUCUCCCCACACUCCCCAGCCUCUCCGCCCGGCGCGCCCGCCCCUCCCUGCGCCCCCUUCCCGCUGCCCUUCUCCAGUUCUCCCUGCGCUGCCUCCAUCUCGUGCUCUGGCGGCUCUACCCUCCCCCCGCCUCUGCCGCACCUCCCUCUGCACCCGCCUCCCCUCCCCUAUCCCUGCUGUGCGCCGCCGCCUCCCUGAAUCGGGUCGCCCCUACCGUCGCCCCCUGCAUCGAGGCCACGCCACGCUCACCUGUGAGUAGGGGGCACGAAGGUGGAUUGGAGGGUGCUUUCGCGGGUCACCUGACGCAGCAAAGGAGCCGCGCUUCUCCACCAAAGCAUCAGGGGCUCCAGGGCACUUCAAGAAAAGCGAGAUCUAGAUAAGCGGAAACAAGCAGGACCUUAGACUGACAGAUAGGGGUCCCUGUGCGACCGGCCUCCCACUCCCCUCGACACUGCUGGUGCCACCAGUGUCCCUCGCUCCAACGUCGCCGCUCCUACCCGUUGUAGUGGAGUGGAGAUCUAUCCAGCCGUGGGCUGUUUAAUCUUUUUGAUUCUGGUUCUUCAGCGCGAGAGGUCGACACAUCCUAGGUGUGGGUGCAAUUCAGUUUUCAAAAUUUUUGUGGUGCAAACUGAGCUUGUUUGUGCAAGUAAAUCACACCACCGGAAAGCAUGAGAAGGCGGCCGGGGAUCGCUGGCUUGCAGAAUGCAGUGGCAACUCGCGACCAAUUCCGGCUGGUGGGGGAGAAUGUGGCCAAGGUCAGGACUGAUGUGAUGAAGGAGCAACUUGCGACGUUCAGGUCACAGCUCGAGGAAUUUGCUCGUAAGCAUAAGAGCGACAUCCGUAAAAAUCCGAUAUUUAGACAGCAGUUCCAUGAGAUGUGUGCAAAAGUUGGAGUAGAUCCGCUGGCAUCUAAUAAAGGAGUUUGGGCAGAACUUCUAGGGAUUGGUGACUUCUACUAUGAACUUGGAGUUCAGAUAGUUGACAUAUGCAUUGCAACUAGAUCGCAUAAUGGUGGCCUGAUUGACUUGCUAGAUCUCCGCAAACUUCUCUGUCAGAAGAGAAAAGCUACUCUUGAAUCAUUAUCUGAAGAUGACUGUUUACGUGCUAUAAGUAAGCUAAAAGUCCUUGGUAGUGGCUUUGAAGUAAUUUCUGUCGGGAGGAGAAAGCUUGUGCGGUCAGUUCCUACUGAAUUAAAUAAAGAUCACAGUGGGAUACUAGGGCUAGCACAGGCUGAAGGCUAUGUCACAGUAGAACAAGUUGAAAAGGAAUUCUCAUGGUCUACUGGUCGUGCGAUUGAUGCCCUUGAAACUUUACUCAAGGAGGGACUUGCUAUGAUCGACGAUGGCCACAGGGAUGGCAAGCGUAGAUAUUGGUUCCCAUGUGUCACUGUCAGUUCGGACACAACCAGCAGUGAAGCCAAGUAAUAACUUGUACUAUGUCAAUUUUGCAAACACACUGUUUUUUAUUCUUUUCCAUGUGUCCAUUUCUCUGUGAGGUGUGGAACAAACAGAGCACCUGUGUGUACGAUGGAUAGAAUAACAUCAUACUUCUAAAUAUGAAAAGUGUGAAUUCAGGUCUAUUAUUGUACAAUAUUCAGAA